UUGAAGGAAAAAAAAAAAAGCGAUAAAUAAAACAAACCGAACCAGUCGCCUGAUCAGAUCUCAAUUUCUCCUCCCACCAAAAAUUUUGCAGGUUUUGUUUCACUCGUUGAUCCUGGUUCCUCAGUUUCGAAAUGGAUUUCAUGAAGGUCUUCGAUGAAACGAUUCGGGAAAUAAAGAGGGAGGUGAAUCUGAAGGUUUUGAAGGUCCCCGAGAUCGAGCAAAAGGUAUUGGAUUCUACAGAUAAUGAACCUUGGGGCCCCCACGGUUCUGCAUUGGCCGAGAUAGCUCAGGCCACAAAGAAAUUCACGGAGUGCCAGAUGGUUAUGAAUGUUCUAUGGACAAGGUUAGGCGAAGCAGGAAAAGAUUGGCGUUAUGUCUAUAAGGCACUGGCCGUUAUAGAGUAUCUGAUUUCACACGGAUCAGAUCGUGCGGUUGAUGAGAUUAUUGAACAUACUUACCAAAUAUCUUCACUCACAAGCUUCGAGUAUGUGGAACCAAAUGGAAAAGAUGUGGGAAUUAAUGUGAGGAAAAAGGCAGAAAACAUAGUGGCUCUGUUGAAUAAUAAAGAAAAAAUCCAGGAAACCAGAGAGAAAGCAGCAUCAAAUCGUAACAAGUAUGUUGGCCUUUCAUCAACUGGAAUAACAUACAAGUCUGGUUCAGCUUCAUAUGGUGGUAGUUAUCAAAGUGGUUCGAGAAACUUUGACAGCUAUAAGGAUAGAGAUUGCGGAGAAGUGGAGAAGAACGAUAUUGAUUCUUUCAGAAAGUCAAGGCAUGGUUUUAAAAGCGACAAACAUAGUUACAGUCCGAAGAAGAGUGAUUCACACUAUGGCAGGUUGGCGGCCAACCGUUGGCCUGAUGAUUUAGCAUUCUUGUCUCUAUGUGGUUUCAAUUCUCAAUCUGCAGUAAGGAUCAAGAUAAGUUAUCCAGUGGAACAAAGUCUUCGUCAAAGCAUCAAGAAUCUGGUGAAAUCUGGACUUUGGGCCGACUCACUGAGCCGAGGACUGAUUGACCUUAAUAUAACUGCUCCCAAGAAAGUAUCAUUGGCGGAUGUGGGCGUCGUGGGUGAUCUGAGCAAUGUCUCGGGUGAACAACAAAAGGCAGCUACGGCCGCACACUACACAGGAUGGUCGAUGGGAACGGGCUCUGGUCUCGGUGGAACGGGACUGUACGCUCCCCACCAGCAAGCGACUGAUAACUCGGACGAUUCCUUCUCCAGCCUCAGUGGCCAACAAUAACAAUACGGAGGAUUUAAGCAGUGAGUUUCAGACAAAAAAAUGAAGAAUAUGUUUUGGAUUCUGUCACAUACAGAUCCUGGUUUCCUGUGAAACCCAUGCCGUUUUCGGUUUCUAAGUCAGACUGGGAUCUGCGUGUUUUUUUCUCUCUCGCUGUUUUCGAAUUGAUGGAUAAAUUGUUUUUGUUAUUUGCGCUUAA